CUUCUCUUCUUCACUUUUGUCGCCGUUUUUUCUCCACUCGGCCGCUCUCUCCUUUGCCUUCGUCGGCGCCUGCGUCUCAGCCGCCGCCCGUCUCCCACACCGUUGACGCAGCUGGUCGCCUUCGUUUCUCUCGAUGGUUAUAUAUCUGUCGGUCGAAACCUCUCAAAUUCGUUGAUUUGGUUCUCCUUCAGAAACAUCUGUGGACUUGGCUUGGGCAUUUAAUCAAACAUGGUGAAGAAGAGCAAGAAGAGCAAGAGCAAGCGAGUGACGUUGAAGCAGAAGUACAAGGUCAAAAGGAAGGUCAAAGAGCAUCAAAAGAAGAAGGCUAAGGAGGCCAAGAAGGCCGGCUUGCACCGCAAGCCCAAGGUUGAGAAGGAUCCUGGGAUUCCCAAUGAUUGGCCCUUCAAGGAACAAGAGCUCAAGGCCCUCGAAGCUCGCCGCGCCCGCGCGCUCGAGGAAUUGGAGCAAAAGAAAGCUGCCCGCAAGGAGAGGGCUAAAAAGAGAAAGCUGGGUUUGCUAGAGGACGCUGAUAUCUCGGAGUUGGCUGAUAUAGCUUCUCCAAAGGAACAAAACUUUGAAGAGGGAAAGGAUGCUAAUGAUUCCCCUGCAAUUGGUAAAGUUAGGGAUAACUCAGAGAAGUCUUUCUACAAGGAGUUGGUCAAAGUGAUUGAAGCUUCAGAUGUCAUUUUGGAAGUGUUAGAUGCUCGAGAUCCUCUUGGUACCCGAUGUGUUGAUAUGGAGAGAAUGGUGAUGAAAUCCGGUGCUGAUAAGCAUCUUGUUUUGCUUCUUAAUAAAAUUGAUCUAAUACCUAGAGAAGCUGUUGAAAAAUGGCUCAAGUAUCUUCGGGAGGAGUUACCAGCAGUUGCCUUUAAGUGCAGCACCCAGGAGCAAAAGUCAAACUUGGGUUGGAAAUCUGCCUCGAAGGCAGCAAAAUCGAGCCAUCUCCUGCAAACUAGUGACUGUCUUGGAGCUGAAACACUCCUCAAAUUGCUAAAGAACUACUCAAGAAGCCAUGAGAUAAAGAAGUCAAUCACUGUGGGUAUUGUUGGUCUUCCUAAUGUUGGGAAAAGCAGCUUAAUUAAUAGUUUGAAGAGAUGUCAGGUUGUAAAUGUUGGUGCUACUCCAGGAUUGACUAGAUCGAUGCAAGAAGUUCAUUUGGACAAGAAUAUCAAAUUGCUGGACUGCCCUGGUGUUGUAAUGCUUAGGUCUGGCCAGAACGAGGCAUCUGUUGCUCUUCGGAAUUGUAAGAAGAUUGAGAAACUAGAGGACCCAAUAGGGCCAGUUAAGGAAAUUCUCAAGCUUUGCCCAUCAAGAGUAUUGGUAACCCUAUACAAGCUCCCAAGCUUCGAGUCAGUUGAUGACUUCCUGCAAAAAGUGGCUGCUGUCAGGGGGAAGCUCAAGAAAGGAGGCAUUGUCGAUGUUGAAGCUGCUGCAAGAAUAGUUUUGCAUGACUGGAAUGAGGGUAAAAUCCCAUAUUAUUCAAUGCCUCCGGCUAGGAAUGAAGGAGAACCAUCUGAAGCAAAAAUUGUUUCAGAGCUUGGAAAGGAGUUUAAUGUCGAUGAGAUUUACAACAGUGAAUCUUCAUUUAUCGGGAGUCUUAAAUCUUUUGACGAAGUUAAACACGUCGAAGUUCCUCCAAAUUGCCCUCUUAACUUUGAUGAGCAGAUGCUUGAGGAUAAUGUGCAGCAACAGCCUUCAACUCAAAGCCACAGUGUGACCAAUGAAAAUGGUGGUCAUGAGGCCAUGGAGCCCUGCGAAGACAAGAAACCUGAGACAGAGGUUAAAACACCUGGUAACAGGCAAAAUGAGAAGUUAUAUGCUGAGGUAGGCAUGCUCAACACCAAGCUGAAGAGAGCAGAGAAGAAGAGGCAGAAAAAAGCCAAUAGAUCAUCUGCAGAGGCAGAUGCCAUGGAUGACGACUAUGACUUCAAGGUGGAUUAUGUCAGGAGGGACUCUGCCAUGGACGUUGGUGAGGAGAGCGGCGAUGGGAAUGAUGCCAUUGGCAGUCAAACAAGGUUCGAUGUGCUUUCAUCUGGAGUUGAGUUUGAUGAAGCUUAGGCAGCCAUUACGGAAAAUAGAAAUUGAUGACUAUUUAUCUGUUUUUCCUUUUCAAAUUUUGACUGCGUUAAAGUGUUAACCUUUUGAGAACUAGAUAUUGGUGGUUUUACACAAGCAAUGGAAGUCCCUGAAUUUUUUUUGCUUGUGUUCA